CUAUUGCCAAUUGGCGAAGAUAGUCGCGUGCGUGGAAUAUUUUUGAGCUGUGGUAAUCCCAUGGGAAUCUUCUUCCGCCAUGUCGAUGAAUCGCUCAUAUAUACCCUGCCAUUCUUUCUGCUCAUCUGCACGCCAGAGCAACACACAAGACCAAUGGUGGCGAAAGGGAGCGGAGUGGACUCGGUCGCCGUGGUGGCGGUGCCGUUCCCGGCGCAGGGCCACCUGAACCAGCUCCUCCACCUGUCGCUGCGGCUCGCGUCGCGGGGCCUCCCCGUGCACUACGCGGCGCCCGCGGCGCAGGUCCGCCAGGCCCGGGCGCGCGUGCAAGGCUGGGACGAGGCCGCCCUCGGCUCCGUCGCGUUCCACGAGCUCGGCAUCUCCGAGUACUACUGCCCGCCGCCCGACCCCGCCGCGCCCUCGCCGUUCCCCUCGCACGUCAUGCCGCUGUUCGAGGCCUACACCGCCGGCGCGCGCGCCCCGCUCGCGGCGCUCCUCGCCAGGCUCUCCGCCUCGCACCGCCGCGUCGUCGUCGUGCACGACCGGAUCAACGCGUACGCCGGCGAGGAGGCCGCGCGGCUGCCCAACGGCGAGGCGUUCGGGCUGCACUGCCUGGCCGCGUCGACGCUGGCCGGCAAGAUGGACGCCGGGCUCCGGCUCCUGCGCGAGCGCGGCCUGGUGUUCGUCGCCGCCGACGCGUGCGCGCCGGGGGAGUUCGUGGAGUACGUCGUCAAGCGCGCGAGGCCGUCGAAAGAGAUCUCGCCUGGCGCGGGCAUCCUCGUGAACACAUGCCGGCCGCUUGAGGCCGAGUUCAUGGACGUCGUUGCUGACCACCUGGCCGCCGAUGGCAAAAAGUGUUUCGCCGUCGGGCCGUUAAAUCCACUGCUCCACGCGGACGCGCCGAAGCAGAGCAAGCCGCGACACGAGAGCCUGGACUGGUUGGACAAACAGCCGCCGGCGUCGGUCCUCUACGUGUCCUUCGGCACGACAUCGACGCUGCGGACGGAGCAGGUCGCAGAGCUUGCAGCCGCUCUGCGCGACGGGAACCAGCGGUUCAUCUGGGUGCUGCGCGACGCCGACCGCGGCGACGAAUCCGCGGACCACGAUGAGAAGCAGAGCAGGCACGCGGAGCUGCUGCCCAUGUUCACAGAGCGGACCCAAGGGAGGGGCCUGGUGGUCACCGGGUGGGCGCCACAGCUCGAGAUCCUCGCGCACGACGCCACGGCGGCGUUCAUGAGCCACUGCGGCUGGAACUCGACGGUGGAGAGCUUGAGCCACGGGAAGCCUAUACUGGCGUGGCCGAUGCACGGCGACCAGCCAUGGGACGCAGAGCUGGUGUGCAACUACCUCAAGGCCGGCAUGCUCGUGCGCCCCUGGGAGAAGCACGCUGAGGUGACUCCGGCAGAUGCCAUCAGGCAAGUCGUCGAGGCUGCCAUGCUUUCUGACGAAGGAAUGGCAGUGCAGCAGCGAGCAAAGGUGCUCGGAGAGGCCGUCCGUGCUUCCCUGGCUGACGGUGGUUCAUCGCGCAAACACCUGGAUGAUUUCAUUGCUCAUAUCACAAAGUAAUCAAUUGGUAGUUUGAUUUGCAGGUUUUUAUUUGCUGGGCGGGCGAUUCAUGUAGUAAUUGGCCCAUCUGCUCAACUUCUUGUUGGAUAAAAACACAAGAGUAAAAUACAUAGGUGAUCCUCGAAUUUGCCUCAAUGUGUCAUUUAGAUCCCUAAACUCUCAAAAUAUAUUUUUAGAUUCCUAAACUUA